GUUUUUGGAUAGCAACAGAGGAAGAUAGAGAAGGAGAAAGAGAGAGACCAGCAGCACUCCUCACCACUUUGAAGCUUUCUCCCUGCAGGUGGAGACCAGGGACUUGACACUGGGUCUUUGCGCAUAGUAAGACACCUCAGUAAGAGAGGCUUCUUGUUAUUACUGAGAGGAGAUGGGUUACCAGCUUCUCAUAAAUCUCCACUAGUGACACCUUGGAUGCAACGGUUCUGAUGCUGGUCUCUGGUGGAAGGUUGCUUACAGCUCUGCUGCAGGCUCAGAGGUGGCCCUGUCAACCCUCCAGAGACAUGAGACUGGUGCAGUUCCAGACACCCCACCUGAGGGGGCCUCACCUGGGCUUGGAGUCAGGGAAUGGUGGGGGAAUAAUCAACCUCAAUGCCUUUGACCCCACAUUGCCCAAGACUAUGAUGGAGUUCCUGGAGCAGGGAGAGGCCACACUCUCAGUAGCUAGAAGAGCCCUUGCUGCCCAGCUGCCAGUUCUGCCACGGACAGAGGUCAGCUUGCUGGCUCCAGUCACUCGGCCAGACAAGGUGGUGUGUGUAGGCAUGAAUUAUGUGGACCACUGCAAAGAGCAGAAUGUGCCUGUGCCCAAGGAGCCCAUCAUCUUCAGCAAGUUUGCCAGUUCCAUUGUGGGGCCCUACGAUGAUAUCAUCCUCCCACCUGAAAGCCAGGAAGUGGACUGGGAGGUGGAGCUGGCCGUGGUCAUUGGGAAAAAAGGCAAGCAUAUCAAGGCCACAGAUGCCAUGGCUCAUGUAGCAGGUUUCACUGUGGCACAUGACGUAAGUGCUCGUGAUUGGCAAAUGAGACGCAAUGGAAAACAGUGGCUUCUGGGAAAAACCUUUGACACCUUCUGCCCCCUGGGCCCUGCCUUGGUGACCAAGGACAGUGUUCCAGAUCCACACAAUUUAAAGAUCUGCUGUCAAGUCAAUGGAGAGGUGGUCCAGAGCAGCAAUACCAACCAAAUGGUGUUUAAGACAGAGGAGCUAAUAGCCUGGGUCUCCCAGUUUGUCACUCUUUACCCAGGGGAUGUUAUCCUAACUGGGACUCCCCCAGGCGUUGGUGUUUUCAGGAAACCUCCUGUCUUUCUCAAGAAAGGUGAUAAGGUUCAGUGUGAGAUUGAAGAACUAGGUUCCAUCAUCAACAGGGUGGUGUGACAGCUCCUGCCACAGACCCUAGACUUUGACAAGAGAUAUGAGCAUGCUGUCAGGAUGUCCAGCACAGGAAGAUGCCCAGAGCAGCCCUGGAAUUGGACCAGCCUCUUCAAGGCUCCUCUUCCAAAGGGAGGAAGAGGAAAUGGAUGGCUUCCCUUCAAUAAAAUUUCUCAGGCCCAAAUA